AUGCGCCGAGGGGCUUCUUACGGGCUUCUAGAAAGACAUGUGCAGCACAGCCCCGUGCCUUCUCUCAAACCACCGGCUGCUGUUUCCCCAGAAGUGCUACAGCAGCAGAGAGCGGUAGGAAUGCCCUCUUGUGCUGCGGCGAAGCAGCCCGGGGCCAAUGUGGUAGAACGCUGCAGCAGCAGCAGCAAACUUUGCUUCCUGUGCAGGUAA